AUGAAUCCGACAAAUCCGUCCACGGCGGCAUCCGGGCCUGGAUCCGGCAAAACUGCUAGCUUUAUGAAUGCAAGGGCCUACCAGACGGUAAAACGCAGCGUCAUGGCGACUUUUGAAGAUGGUCGCGAUCAGUCGGCUGGCUACCAGCCCAAGGCGCGUGUGACGGAACGAUACCGUAUUAUUGGCUUCAUCAGCAGUGGCACGUACGGACGUGUUUAUAAAGCCGUGAGCAGGACCAGCAACCCGGAGGGCAUCGCCGUUGUCCGGACAUCCAGCGGCCUCACGCCAACCUCCAGCUCAGGGCCGGCCCCUAUCGAGGUAGCCAUCAAGAAGUUCAAGCCAGACAAGGAAGGCGAGCAGGUCAGUUAUACGGGUAUUUCACAGAGUGCUAUCCGUGAGAUGAGCCUCUGUAGCGAACUACGACACGCAAAUGUCAUCCGUCUGGUGGAGAUCAUUCUCGAAGACAAGUGUAUCUUCAUGGUCUUCGAGUAUGCCGAGCACGACCUUUUGCAGAUCAUCCACCAUCACACGCAACAGCCACGCCACCCCAUACCGCCAGCCACGGUCAAGAGCAUCAUGUUCCAGCUCCUCAACGGCUGCCAGUAUCUGCACACCAACUGGGUUUUGCAUCGUGAUCUCAAGCCUGCCAACAUCAUGGUCACGUCCGGUGGAGAGGUAAAGAUCGGUGAUUUGGGCCUGGCCCGUCGCUUCGACAAACCAUUGCACUCUCUUUUCAGCGGCGAUAAGGUCGUUGUGACCAUAUGGUACCGUGCACCCGAGCUGAUACUUGGGUCGUACCAUUACACUCCAGCCAUCGAUAUGUGGGCUGUGGGAUGCAUCUUCGCGGAGCUUUUGUCCCUGCGCCCGAUCUUCAAGGGAGAGGAGGCCAAAAUGGAUAGUAAAAAGACGGUCCCCUUUCAGAGAAAUCAGAUGCACAAAAUUGCCGAGAUCGUAGGCCUACCGACAAAAGAACGGUGGCCCCUGCUUCCAGCGAUGCCUGAGUAUAGCCAGCUUAGCACGCUCUCGACGAUGCAGCACAGCACCCACAGCCAUCACCACCACCACCAAAACGCCCCUAACCGCGGCUAUCCACUCAGCUCCAACCUCGAGAAGUGGUACUACAACACCAUCAACAACAACUCCGGUGCUGGUUCUGCCGCAUCAGGUCCCAACGGCCAGCCCGCACUCCAGUCUCUCGGCGCAGAAGGAUACAAGCUCCUCGCAGGUCUCCUCGAAUACGAUCCGGAAAAGCGCCUCACCGCCGCACAGGCUUUACAGUACGAGUUCUUCAGCUCGGGAGACCGCGUCAGCUCAAACUGCUUCGAGGGCAUCAAGGUCGAGUACCCUCACCGCCGUGUCAGCCAGGACGACAACGACAUCCGAACCAGCAGUCUCCCGGGGACGAAACGCAGCGGCCUUCCAGACGAUACGCUCCUCAGGCCAGCUAAGCGUAUGAAAGAAUGA